AUGGCUGCCGAGGAUGGAGCACUUCUUCGGCCAGCAAUGGAAGGAUCAGGGCAUUUACCACUUGAUCAAGCUGUUCGACCUGCCGCUCGUCAUGGACCGGUCACUGUUGGCCGCGACCCUAUGCUUCUGGUCGUCGGCCACAAAUACUAUGAACCUUCAGUUUGGCAUGAUGAGCCGACCGUUCUAGACAUGGCCCCAUGGAAGUAA